AUGGCGUCGAGAUCAAGGACGUUACUCUUCUUACAAUAUCGGAAUUCUUUUUCGAGAACAAACACUCGACACCGACCAGUUGGAGCAGGUGCUUCAAAACCACUCCAAGACGCACGAUUUGGUAGUCUUGAUCAAUCUGAACGUGCUGGUCUAAUCGCCAAUGAGAUCAACGAAAGCUCAGAAGUUGCAGUCGAGCUAUCAGUCCUACCACCGAAAUGGAUUGAUGUCGUAGAAGAGGUCGAAGAAGAGACAGAGAGAAUCAGUGACAAGAUACACGAGCUGGAAGCUCUGCACAAAAAGCACCUACUGCCUGGAUUUGAUGAUCGGAUUGGAGAGGAGCAGUCCAUAGAGGCACUGACUGACAAAAUCACCAGCAUGUUUCAAGAGUGUCAACGUAAAAUCAAAAGAGUCAACAAUGAAUCUCAGGCUACUGCAGCCAGAUCGAAACAAACUGCUCUGCUCAGCAAAAACAUACAAACAUCGCUCGCCACGAAACUGCAAGACUUAUCACAUGCCUUCAGGAGGACGCAGUCUAACUAUCUUCAGAAACUUCGAGGCCGUGAAACCAGGAGUAAAGAUAUGUUUGGAGGUGCAGGUGCUGCUGAAGCUACAGAUGCCGGAGAAGAUGAGCUAGACGCAGUAUUUACUGACACCCAGUUGCAACUUAUUUCGAAUCAAGAAAGAGCCAUCACAGAACGUGAAAGGGAAAUCAAUGAUAUUGUCAAAUCAAUCAAUGGCCUAGCAACAGUCUUUAAGGAGCUACAGGCCAUGGUCAUUGAUCAAGGGACAGUUUUGGAUCGAAUUGAUUACAACAUUGAGCAGACAUCAGUACACAUAGAAGAUGCUCAUGCUCAACUCCAGACCGGUGUCAAAUAUCAAAAGCGAGCUGGUGCCAAGCUUUGCAUUAUUGCAUUAAUCUUGCUGAUUGCUGUUUUGAUUGUCGCUCUGUAUAUUAAGCUCAGAACCAAGUCCACCACUACUGCAACUACCACCACCACUCAACAAGGAAGUUAUAGGCAAGUCAGGUCUGUAGAAGCGAAGAAUAUGUGGGCUGCAGCUUCUAGUGGUCCUAUAUCUCAACGAGAGAAUAAGACUCCCCUCUUCCACGCUGUCCAUGUGGUCAUAAACUAUGUGAUAGCUGUAUACGAAAGUUAUAUCCGACAAGCGGUACCAUUUUCAGAUGCCCAACCAACGGCUGUCGUCGUGUACUACGGAGAAGUGAUUACCUUGACGGUGGACGAUUUCGAUGGCGAUGCACGAAAGUAUGACGAUUACUUGGAAAGGUUAGAAGAUUGGGUCUACAAUCUGGUCAACCAAAAAGAUGUGGAAAAGACCGAGGAAGAGAUUUCUGAAUUCAACGAGCAGUUUGAGUCCAAAAUCAAAAAGGAAAAAGAAAAGACGCUAGUAUCUACAUUCUUACCAACGCCAAGAUCCGUGCAGAACGCCGUGGCCCGAGAGUUGCUGAUGAUGGAGGAUCUACAGCGACGGAAACGAGAAAAGAUGAGGGAGCAGAGUCUUCGAGAGCUGGAAGAAAAAGAGCACACUCGCAAGACUGAAAAAGAAGAAUUACUCAAAAAGCUGGUCGAUGCAAAGGACAAGGAAUCGAAGAACAUUGUUACUGAAAUCAAGAAUAUUCGAGCUGCUCGUCCCAAAGUCGUCUCUACUCGAUUUACUAUGGAAGAUUAUGAAAUGUUGCCACCAACCGACGAGAACGAAGAUUAUCGACUCUUCGAUACGUUUGAUCAUGUCUAUGUCACUCCAGACCUUGAAAUCCCCGAAUCGUUGAGUCAAGGAGACAGUGUUCUAGACCUGGUCAGAUUGGACAAGAGAGCUCGUUCUGGUGGAUUUUCAUUGAUAACAUUCGUUUCAAGGGCAUAUUAUGAGGCCGCUGAACUUUGGGUGGGCUUGUAG